GGCCCCGGCCUCACCAUGAUCCUGCGGGUGGCGCGGGCCGCGUGGUCCCGGGGCUGGGGCGCGGGUUGCCGCCGCGGCGCCGCGGACUUUCCGCUGCCCCCGCCGCGCGCCGUGGACGUGGCGGAGCUGCUGCGAGACGCCACGGCCGCGGAGGAAGAGCCGCGGGAGGCAGCGGCGCGGCGGCCGCCGGGCCAGUGCUCGGUGCUGCUCUUCCCCGGCCAGGGCAGCCAGGUGGUGGGCAUGGGCCGGGGGCUGCUCCGCUACCCGCGCGUCCGCGAGCUCUACGCCGCCGCCCGCAGCGUGCUGGGCUACGACCUGCUGGAGCUGAGCCUGCACGGGCCGCAGGAGGCCCUGGACCGCACGGCGCACUGCCAGCCCGCCGUCUUCGUGGCGUCGCUGGCCGCCGUGGAGAAGCUGCAUCACCUGCAGCCCGCGGUGAUUGAGAACUGUGUUGCUGCUGCUGGAUUCAGUGUGGGAGAAUUUGCAGCCCUAGUGUUUGCUGGAGCCAUGGAAUUUUCUGAAGGUUUGUAUGCAGUGAAAGUCCGAGCUGAGGCCAUGCAGGAAGCUUCGGAAGCUGUCCCCAGUGGGAUGUUGUCUGUCCUCGGCCAGCCUCAGUCCAAGUUCACCGUUGCGUGUUUGGAAGCCCAGGAGCACUGCAAGACUUUGGGCAUAGAGAACCCCGUGUGCGAGGUGGCCAACUACCUCUAUCCUGAUUGCAGGGUGAUCUCAGGACACCUGGAGGCGCUGCAGUUCCUGCGGGAGAAUUCCUCCAAGUAUCACUUCAGGCGCGCCAAGAUGCUGCCCGUUAGCGGAGGCUUCCAUACCCGCCUCAUGGAGCCGGCCUUGGAGCCCCUCGAACAAGUUCUAAAGUCGAUCGGUGUCAGGAAGCCGCUGGUGUCCGUCCACUCAAACGUCGACGGGAACAGAUACAUGCACCCCAGACACAUCCAGAAGCUGCUGGUGCGGCAGGUGGUCUCCCCGGUGAAGUGGGAGCAGACGAUGCAUGCCAUUUACGAGAGGAAGAGGGGCACGGAGUUCCCCCAGACUUUCGAGGUGGGGCCCGGGAAGCAGCUGGGGGCCGUCCUGAAGGGCUGCAACCUGCGGGCCUGGAGGUCGUACCGGCACGUGGAGGUGCUGGAGGAUGACGGGACCUAGACCAGGCCCCCGCCCCCACGCUGGGAGCUC